AUGGGAAAUUGCGGCUCAAAAAAGGCCGAGAAGACGGUCGUCGAGCCAGAGGAGCCGAAGCCGAGCGCGGUGCCUGAGGAGCCGGUGGAGGAGGAGCCGGUGGCAACGGAGAAGCCGUCGCCCGAGGCGGAGGCGGAGCCCGCGCCAACCGAGGAAGAGGCCGAGGCUCCCGUCGCCGAGGCUGAGCCGGAGGCGUCAACCAAUGCCUUUUCGGCGCGCGAGGACCCCGACCCCGUGGUUCCCAAAGGCCUCCCGGACGUCAACGUCUGGCAUCCGCAGAGCGAGAUGGAGGUGCAGGGGAUCGUUCGCCAGGCCCGCGCCGAGGGGAAGAAGGUGCGCGUCGUGGGCUCGGGGCACUCGGUUUGGGAUGCGGUGGUCCCCGCGGGCUUCGCGCAGACCGGCGAGGGGGAUUGGCUCAUCGUCUUCGACAACAUGCGCGAGCUCGCCAUGGACGGGACGCGGGUCCGAGCCCAAGCCGGGAGCAACCUCGGCGUCUCGCCCCGCCUGCCCCACUUCGAGCCCAUCACCACCGAUGCGGCCCUCGCCCCGAGCGCCCAAAACCUCACUCGCCCCUUCUCGUGGGAAGAGAGCCUCUGCUACUUUCUCGACCAGCAAGGCCGGGCCCUGCCGGACCUCGGGGGCAUCAGCCAUCAGACGGUGGCCGGGUUUCUCUCCACCGGCUCGUCCGGGGGGACGACCCAGUAUUCGCUCCUCGACUACGUAGAGCGUCUCCGCAUCGUCGACGGCAAGGGGGACGUCCACGACGUGGGGCUGGGGGACGACCUCUUUCACGCCGCCGGGGUGGGCAUGGGGCUGUGCGGGAUCCUCACCGAAGUCACCAUCAACACCAUCGACCGCUUCAACAUUCGCGGCACCGAGCUAACCGCCUCCGCGGCGUCCCACCCCGACGUGGACUUCUUUUCCACGGGUACCCCGGGGCCUGAGGGGAAGCCCCGCCCGGCCCUGCGCACCUUCUUCGAGGAGGACCGCUACACGCGCCUCAUGUGGUGGCCCCAAAAGGGGUUCGAGCGCCUCGUCGUCUGGCAGGCGACGGCAGAGGCCCCGGCCGACGACUUUGAGGCCUACCCCUACGUCGAGAUGAAGCCUCUCGACCAGGUGGGGGCUUCGCUCCUGUACACGCUCCUGGGCAACGUGGGCCAGGCCGAUGCCAUCGACGACUACCUCCAGGUGGUGAAGAAGCGGGAUCCGCAGGGGUCGGUGGUUAAGGGGCUGCGGGAUGCCCUCGCGAAGGUCGACGUGGCGGAAGCGGCCCUUCGCGACGAGAUGAAGGGCGCCCUCACCGCCACCGACGACCACAAGGGAUGGCUGGAGAAGCUCGGCCACGACGCGGAGAAGCUGGUGGGCGAGGAUUGGCACACCCAGCUCUUCGAGCGGGUGGCGACCGUGCUCGACGACCUUUUGGCUGGCGCCAUCAACAGCGAGGCCCUGGCCGGCCUGAGCUGGCUCCUCGACAAGCUCGCUCCCUACAUCAUCGGCCCCGUCCUGGGGAAAUUCAUCCCCGACGGCGUCAACGAUAUAAACGGCAAGCCCUUCUUCGCCGACAGCUGGUACCGCGGUCUCCCCAUGGACAACCAAAUUGACGACCUCAUCCUGCCCACCUGGUUCACCGAGAUUUGGAUUCCCUAUUCGGCGGAAGGGGGAGAGUUGGAGAAGACCAUCGCGGUCCUCAAGGAGCACCUCCGCGGAGAUGGCUCGUACUCCAGCGCCUACGAGGCUACGGGGGCCUACUGCAUCGAGAUCUACGCGGCGCGGCGGGGCGAUACGUUCUGGCUCAACCCCGCCACCGGGGAUGAGAACGUCCUGCGCAUCGACAUCUUCUGGUUUGGGCGCAACGAGGCGGAUCCGGUCGCAACCUUCUUUCCCCAGUUUUGGAACCUGCUGCGCGAGCAGGGCAUCGGCUACCGGCUCCACUGGGGCAAAUUCAAGCCGCCGGGGCAGGGAGCCGGUGCCGAUGGCCUCAACGACCUCACCCGGCCCUACGGCGAUGCCUUCCGACGCUUUGAGGCGGUCCGGGAGGCCUACGACCCCGACGGCGUCUUCCUCACGCCGUACUGGGCCUCCCACCUCGGCAUCUAG